AUGGCCAUCUACUCGGAGAUUCAGCAGCGUGUCCAGGCUGAGAUUGAUGCCGUGGUUGGUCGCAAUCGGCUUCCCAGAUUGGCUGAUAAACUAGGUCUGAAUCUCACCCGAGCCGUGAUCUGGGAGGUCCAAAGGAUGACCAGUAUCGUCCCCUUGGGCUUGCCACACGUCGCCGCUUCCGAUACUCAGCUGCAGGGUUUCCUGAUCCCAAGAGACACCAUUCUGGUUUCCAACAUGUGGAGGAUUUUCCGAGACCUGAAACUUUGGCCCGAACCGGAGAUGUUCAAGCCAGAACGAUUUCUGAACGACGAGGGCAAGGCGUUCAAACCAGGAGAGUUCAUACCUUUUGGCGUCGGAUUUGUAGCAGUCAUCAGCACUGGAUUUGAAGACUUGGGCUUUUGUGGGCGUGGCAGGGACCGUACUUCUCUAUCAGGUGGUUUGUCAUGA